CCCUUGCCCCUGUUUAAACAACUUAACUAUAGUAAAUAGUAUAUUUACACCAUUCUAUACAGAUAUAGUACAGUAUAGGUAUAGAUAACACGGAUUGUCAGUGCAUUACUAUUCACUUUUAUGCUGUUUAUGAAUCAUCAACCGUGAUUCCGCGAUACAUAAGUAAACAAACGCUACGACACUAAAUCGUACUGUAUUGAUUAAUUAAUGAUCAUCGACUCUCAUUAUCAACUGUCAUAGUGUGUGCUGUACCUAUAUAUAUAUUAAACAGACAUCAAUAAUAUACAAAGGACGUGUGUCAAGGAAGCUUGUCGGUGCAGCAAAAAAAGAGUUUUGCGGGGGCUGUAUCAAAUAACCCAAUAAGCUAUAGAGUGCUACCAGUUAAAUAUUAUACACACCUACGUAAGUAGGAACGAUACAUAUGGCUCUUGCCUUCCAGCAAAUCAUUCUUGACGCGGGCAAAUUGGUGAACGAUAUGACGACGCAAGAGAAAACAGCGGAUCUCCUGAUUUGCGAGAUACAAAACGUCGUUGGUCACAUAGAGGGUAUGAAGCAGUACAAAGAAGAUCUUGAAACCAUAAGUACAGAAGCAGACCAGAAGCAACGUCAGGAGAUUAUUUCUGGAUUCAAGAAAGGAAACAAUGAAUACUUCAGAGAGUUGCAGGCUGAAAACAAAGAUCUGAGGCUUGCCCUAGAGGAUUACCAAAAAGCUUUGGAACAAAUCAUGUCAAAGUAUCGACAACAAACUGCUUAUUUUUUGAAGCAAACUAAAAAUAAUGAAACUGCCAUACCAAGUACAGAGUGCUGUUCACAGUACAAUGAAUGUAGAUGCGUAAAUGUAAUAAGCGAGCAAGCGGAAAAGAUUGAUGAAAUGACAACAGUUAUGAGAACUGCUUCCGAAAUUCAUGAACAAAAUGAUUUAAAAUACAUCGAAACUUUGGGCCAGUUGAAAGAAGAAAACAAUGGAUUGCGAGAAAUACUAAAUGUUGUCAACAAAUACAAUGCAAAGAGCGAUGUUGCUGUAGAAGACAAAAAUAUUCAAACAGAUAAUCUGUAAAUACAAGUCAAGAGUACUAAUUUUCUACUUACACGCGAUAACACUUAAUAACUAAUCCAAUCCUUGUUAAUUUUGCAUUGUUAUUCGAUUUGUAACAUUAGCUUAGAUAUCAAAGGAAAGGAAGAUUAACAAGUCAUUGCUGCACUUAGUAUAAUUAUAGUUUAUAAUGUUAGCAAUUCAUUUUGGGUUUUUAUUAGGUUUGUAAUGAAAUUUUUUUUUGUUUUUCUGUAAAUCGAAAACGACACCUUAAUGUACAUAAUUAUUGUAAUUUACAUUCGCAUGCACACGUAAGUUAUGACCUGCAACUGAUAAGUCGAAAUUUUUCGUUGAGGUCGUACACUAGUAGAUGGCACUACUCGGCACGUUGACAAUUCGGUCAUUGCAAACGUUUAUUUUUCAUCACACGCUGAUUGUUUAAGUUUGCCACUUGUAAGUAGUGUAUAAGCUAACAAUGUAAUAAAAAAA